GCUAAAUUCUUUGUGAUUUGGUAUCGAAAUUGCCCAGUUCGAGGUCGACGGGAGUUGACGUUUUCCCAUCAGUUUUUCUCCUUGGAAAGGACCCGGGAUGAAACUCCCCGCGGCGAUGGGCCGUCUCAGCACGUAAGCGAUGCUGUUCAGCACGGGCGCCAGUUACAAGUCGUACAAACGGGAAAUGGACCCCGAGACGGGUAACGCGAACAACGACAACGCCAACAUGGACGCGAACGGCAACGGAAAACGGGGCGUUCCGAUGCAGAGGGACUUUUAUCGGAGGUUGCGACGGGAUUCGGACUCAGUGCCCGACUGCCCGGACUUGGACUUCGUCUACGACGACGCGGACUCGCACAUCAACGAGAUCGGCGAGCUCUACACCUACUCGGAGCAGCCGGAGUUCCAGUUGAACGUCAAGGCAUUCGAGGAGCAGAUGUACAUGUACGACCUGUCCCCCAAUUGGGGGAAGUUGGACCUCCAAAGGCGGAAGACCAUCAUCGCCAAAUUGCUUGAUCAGCUGGAAGUAUCAGACAAGAACCUUCGUAUGCAGGCUGCCAGAUGCUUCCUGUACCUGGUGCAAGGAUGCUGGGCUGAGGUGCAAAGUGAUCGUGAGCAGAUUUUGAACACGAGAGAAAACGUUCUACUACUUUAUGAUGAGGGGGUUUUUCACGCUUUUAUAGAGCUUUUGAACAUUGAAAUUGAAAAUGCGACAACAGUUUGUAGAAAGUUUGCAGUGAGCCUCGCUGAUUCGAUAGAUCUGAGGGUAAUUCUCACUGUUCUUUACACGACCGUCGAAGUGAUCCGAUCACUCAUCGAUGAGCCAAAUGAGGACUUCUCCCAUUAUAUACAUGCAGUCCAGAAUGACAUCCUUCAUUCUUUCGGUGACGAUAUGUUAAUAAUUAAACUGUUCAACAUGGUGACAAGGUACUGCAGCGGGUCUGCGCCGCAUUUCCCAAUGAAAAAAGUCCUUUUACUACUUUGGAAGUGCAUACUUGUCGGGCUAGGUGGGAUAGACACACUUCGCCAAUUGAAAUAUGAAUAUAGGAAAGAAGCGGGCUUAGAAACGAUAGAAGAAGAUACGAUAGAGGUCGUUAGAAAUAUGCGAGCAUCGUCCCCUCCUUUCAAUGCUGCAGAGCUCCUCGAAACGCAGAACAACCAGAAAAGGAACAACAGGCCUCUUCGGCGUAGCCUUAUGAAACAGAGUUCCCUCGAUGAGCAAAUGGGUGUAGAAUUUGAGAACUCAGACACGUACGAAGAAAUGAGGGAGAGCGAGUUGGAACCAGAUAAAGAUAGGAUAUUUGAGCAAGAAGAGCCUUCCCAGGCACCGAGUCCAAGACCUCUCACACCCGUCCCGAUAAAGAGCAAAGGCCUCCCAUGGGUUCCAAAAGUGAGGCAGAAAGACCUCGACCAAUUUUUGGAAAGCACAAGGGUAAAAUUUGUUGGCUUUCCUCUUGAAGGCGACCGUGAAUCGCUUUUCGGCCUUCCCGAGCCGAUCCACGAAGGUGUACGUGUCUUCAAGCAACAUUUGUACAAAUCUCUUUCUGAAAUCCAAGUCGAACAAGAGGAAGAACUCGUUAAAAGCCCCGUAUCCAAGUCUGAGGGCCCGAUAAAGUUGACACCGGCAGAAAUUGUUUACCAAGCAAUGUUUCCCAAUCUUCCUCAGUACAUGAUUUCCCUUUUAAAGAUACUCCUUGCCGCUUCUCCAACUUCUAAAGCAAAAUCUGACACCAUAAAUAUCAUGACUGAUGUUCUCCCUGGUGAAAUGCCCAUGACAAUGUUGCAAUCUAUGAAAUUGAGCACAGAUGUAAACCGUCAUAAAGAAAUUAUCGUUAAAGCGAUUUCAGGAAUUUUACUCCUCCUGUUGAAACAUUUUAAACUGAACCAUAUAUAUCAGUUUGAAUUUAUGUCUCAGCAUCUUGCUUUUGCAAAUUGUAUCCCUCUCAUUAUCAAAUUCUUCAAUCAGAAUAUAAUGACAUACGUAGCAGAAAAAAAUGUAAUUCCGAUUCUUGAUUUUCCAGCUUGCGUAAUAGGUGAUCAGCCUGAAUUGACAUCAGAGAGUCUUGACAUAGGAGAUAACCAACAGUACUCUUGGAGGAAUCUCUUUGCGUGCAUAAACCUCCUCAGGAUCUUGAAUAAGCUCACUAAGUGGAAGCACUCGAGGAUAAUGAUGCUCGUCGUUUUCAAAUCAGCUCCCAUUCUAAAGAAAACACUUAAAGUCAGGCAUGCCAUGAUGCAACUUUAUGUUUUGAAACUUCUGAAGAUGCAGACAAAGUACUUAGGCCGUCAAUGGAGGAAAUCAAACAUGAAAACAAUGAGCGCCAUAUAUCAGAAGGUACGUCAUAGGCUUAAUGACGAUUGGGCAUACGGCAACGACUUAGAUGCGAAACCAUGGGAUUAUCAAGGAGAAGAAUGCAUCUUGAAAACGUCCGUCGACAGAUUCAACACUCGUAGAUACACCCAACACAACACCGAUCCGGACUUCGAGCCAGUCGAUACCUGCAUCACAUCUGUACUCGGGCAGAGAGUCGAGUUGACGGAAGAUUUCAAACAGCACUACGACCUCUGGCUCCAGCAGGAAGUUUUCCAGAACACCAUCAGAUGGGAAGAGCUUUUGAACCAUGGAUAUUUAUAGAGCCUGGAACCAACUGUGAAACCCCUCCUAGUCAUUAUUCGGUUUUUUUUUUCUGUGUGGAAACCUUUGUGUUUAUUUCAAACUGGUGGAAAUCGAUCUGAAUAUUUUUGUGGACCAAUUUAUUUUUUUAAGUUUUUAAAGCAAUUAAAAAAAGCAGUAACCAAAUAAGUUUCAUUGAUAUUUUCAUUAAUUAAACUGUAACUACGUUCUAUGUAUAUACUAAUCUUUGUAAAAUAUUCUUAGAUAAAUUUUGUUUUGUUUUUAUUACUUUAUAUAUAUAUAUUUUUUUUUACUUUUUCAAACUCUUUCACUUUUCUUCUUGCAGUUUGAUAGUGCCUUACUCGUGCAGAACGUUGUGACUGCAUCUGCUGCUUAAAUGUUGUGUUAGGUCAUUAAACAUUUUGUAGAAAUGCAUUUGAUAGCAAUCCAAUUGUCUUCCUGUUAUUUCUCUCUUUAGUGAAUAAUUUUGUAAAAAAUUUUGUAGAAAUAAUAUGACACGAUUUUUUAAAGACAGUCACAAUUAUUUCUCACAUUUAACAUGUUCAAUAAAAAAACAAAAAAACAACCGCAAAUGAAACUUACAAGGUGCAAGUCCAAAAUUUUCAUAAGUUAUCAUUUCCUCUGUUUUUGUUUACUGAACUCAUUAUUUAUUAAAUAUUUAUGUAUUAAAGAAAUAACUAAUAAUAUGCCUCUAGAAUA